AUAAUUUGAUUAAUACUACUUCUAACGCCUCAGCACCAAGUGAAAUUGAACCGGAUGUAGUUGGUACUACAUAUAGGACUAGUGAGCACUUUGUUAUUACAGUAGUUGGGAAUAAAAAUGUUUGGAAAUGCAUUCAUUGCAAUAUAAAGAAUUAUUCAAUAAAAACUAGUAGAACAUACUUAAAAGAACAUGUCUUGUUUAGAUGUCCUAGUUCUCCACUACAUAAUACUCAAAACAAUACAUCUCAGCUAAUCACAAAAGAAGAUAUGAAUAAAACAAUAACUGACUUGGUCGUUGGAACUGGAGUGUCUUUUAAUAUUCUCAAUAAUCCGUUAUUUCAUAAAAUGGCCAAAAAUCUUCAAUAUGUUUCGAAAUUAUAUAAAGUCCCACAUCCAACUACAAUAUCACGAUAUCUUACCGGAAAUUUAUUUAAUUUAAGAUUCAAUAUUAUAAAGAGUAUACUAGCUGAAUCUUCUGGACGAAUUUCACUAACAUGUGAUAGAUGGCAUUCAACCAUUCAUAAGUGCCAUUAUGUUGUCAUUACUGAAUCGUGGUUUAGUGAUAAUUGGAGAAUAAUAAACAUAAUUUUAAGUUUUCAGCAAUCAGGACAAACAGCUGAAGAUAUAUUUUUAGUAAUAAUGAAUAUAUUAGAAAAGUAUUCUAUUAAAGAGAAAAUGUUUGCACUCACUAUGGAUAAUAUCGCAACAAAUAAGGCU